AUGGAUUCCUCGGGUCCAAGCGCGAAAACAGGGGUGAUAUUGGCCCACGAUCUCUCGCGGCAAGUCUUCUGCCUGGAUCUUCGGAACCAUGGCGAUUCCGGUCAUCACCCGAAACAUGACUAUACGGAAAUGGCAAUAGACGUUAAGCACUUCAUCACAACCCAUGGACUGAAUAAUGCAACAUUGAUCGGUCACUCAAUGGGGGCCAAAACCGCCUUAACGCUUGCACUUCAGUCCCCAGAUCUGAUAUCCAAGGUCAUCGCUAUCGACAACUGUCCCAUCCACCUAGACCUAACAGAAGAGUUUCCGAGGUAUCUUAGGGCUAUGGAAGAAGUAGAGGACGCACGAGUCAAAAGCCAUCAAGAAGGGGACAAGAUCUUGAGCAGAUAUGAGGAGUCCCCGUCCGUGAGGUUAUGGUUACUGAGUAAUUUUGUUCGAGAACGUGACUCCCCACAUCUGAAGCUCCGUGUUCCUUUAGAUGUCCUGACGACUGCCAUCGGUCCGUUGGGGGAUUUUCCACACAAGGACAAACCUGUUCAGUUCCCCAAACCCGCGUUGUUCCUUCGAGCCCUGCAGAGUCAUUAUAUACCGGAGAGUUCGUUCCCCAUUAUUUCGUCUUUCUUCCCUCAGUCGCGCAUUGUAAAUAUAGAUUGUGGACACUGGAUUGUUCAGGAACGGCCUGAGGAAUUCAGAAAGGCUGUUGUCCAGUUCUUGCAGGAUAAAGACCGAGUUGAUUAG